AUGUCGUGUCACUUAAUAAUUGUACUUAGCGUAACAUUAUCUCUCUUGUCACAUUCUUCUGUAACAAGGCUUCCCGUAUGUUUAUCUUCCUUAUACCGUUAUUCUUUUCUUCUAUCUAUCUAUCUAUCUAUCUAUCUAUCUAUCUAUCUAUCUAUCUAUCUAUCUAUCUCAGCCUGUUCAUAUCUAUCUAUCUAUCUAUCUAUCUAUCUAUCUAUCUCACUGUCUCUCUUUGCUCAUGUCCUUGAAUCUAUCUAUCUAUCUAUCUAUCUAUCUAUCUAUCUAUCUAUUCAUAGUUCUCCCUCCUUGCUCAUGUCCUUCAAUCUCUCUCUCUCUCUCUCUCUCUCUAUCUAUCUAUCUAUCUAUCUAUUCAUAUUUUUUCUCUUUGGUCAUGUCCUUCAAUUUCUCUCUAUCUAUCUAUCUACCUAUCUAUUCAUAGUUCUCUCUCUCUGCUCAUGUUCUUCAAUCUCUCUCUCUCUCUAUCUAUUCAUAGUUCUCUCUCUUUGCUCAUGUCCUUCAAUCUAUCUAUCUAUCUAUCUAUCUAUCUAUCUAUCUAUCUAUCUAUCUAUCUAUGUUCAAAGCCUUCAAUCUAUCUAUGUUCAGACACUUUAA